AAAAAGGACAAAAGAAGUGAUUUACGACUGAAUCUGCGUCCAUUAGUUAAUCUUUGGAACAUCAAAAACGAUAAGAGUAGACUUUUCCAACUAAAACAGACUGAAAACAUUAAAGACUACUGAUGACAAACACCUUGAAGUGAGCAGGCUGUAAACAAAUGGCUGAUGGAGUACACAACUGAAGAUGGCUGAACUUAAAUAUGACUUAGCCCUUGUCGACACCCAAAAAGAUAAAAAGAUACAACAUCAGACCUGGUAAAAAGGGCGACUAAGAACCAAGUUUAUCAAGUCACUAAGUCCAAAUGACACAUCCAAGAGCCGUGGAAGGAACUGGGUGUUUCUCAAGGAUGGCCUUGAUGAUUUCAGAGAUGGUCUACCUCCUGCAGUCGGCUAUGUUUUUCAUAAAGGUAUUAAAGGACCUGGUCCCAAUGUGACAGGCAGCAGUGAGAAUGUCCCAGUCAAGCAGCCAGCCAUGCUUGAACCCGGCUUGGACAAGUACCAAGUGUGUUACUCUCAGAUUACUCCACAACAGCAGCAGAGGAGAGAACACAUUGAGGAGAUAGAGUAUGGCUUGCUGCAGCAUCCACUGGCUCUCUAUCCUCAUCUGGAGGAGAGUGUACCUCCAGAGUUGUUUGAGGAUAUCGUUGACAUCCUUGACCCCGAAAUGAACAUGGGGUCGGAGGAAGGGUCACUGGUCACGGAGGGGUCAAUAUCAACCCAGAGUGCUCAAGAGAUAGAACAGCCCAAGUCAACUGAGCCAGCUACAACUGAGCGUGUGGACACAGAGCUGGAGGAGGGGGCUGUAAGGAACCCAUACCGAUGGCUGCCUCGUAAGGAAGAGAAGAAGGACAAGAGGAAAACAAAUGAGAAGAGGUCCAGUUCCCCCUCUCAAGAAGGGAGCACAUCACCAAUGUCACUAAUGACUUCUGCAACUGGGUGGCAAGUCUGGAAGUGA